AAGAGCACAGAACUGCUUGUUGUGUCAGCAGCGGCUCCGGUAGAGGGAGGAAUAAAGUGGGAUUCGCGUUUGGCUGUGUUCUAUCAUUUACCAUUCAGGAAUACCUUUAUUUCCCCCCUAGGAAGAUAUGAGACGAGUUGUACGACAGAGCAAAUUCCGUCAUAUCUUUGGCCAGGCGGUGAAGUAUGACCAAUGCUACGAUGACAUUCGGGUCUCAAGGGUCACAUGGGACAGCUCCUUCUGUGCAGUCAACCCCAAGUUUGUUGCCAUAAUUAUUGAGGCCAGUGGCGGAGGAGCUUUUCUCGUUCUCCCUCUUCAUAAGUCAGGACGCAUUGACAAAUCCUACCCAACAGUAUGUGGUCACACAGGCCCUGUGUUGGACAUCGACUGGUGCCCACACAACGACCAGGUCAUUGCCAGCGGCUCUGAGGACUGCACAGUGAUGGUGUGGCAGAUUCCUGAGAAUGGCCUUGUGUCCUCCAUGUCUGAACCAGUGGUGGUUCUGGAAGGCCACUCAAAGCGUGUGGGAAUCAUCACAUGGCAUCCAACAGCACGAAAUGUCCUCCUUAGUGCUGGUUGCGACAACCAGAUAAUCAUCUGGAAUGUGGGCACAGGAGAGGCCAUGAUCUCCUUGGAGGAUAUGCAUCCUGAUGUCAUUUACAAUGUGACCUGGAACCGCAAUGGUAGCCUUAUCUGCACUUCCUGCAAGGACAAGUCAAUCCGUGUCAUCGAUCCCCGGAAGGAGACCAUUAUUGCUGAGAAGGAAAAGGCACACGAGGGCGCUCGACCAAUGAGGGCCAUUUUCCUCUCCAACGGCAACAUCCUCACCACCGGCUUCAGUCGAAUGAGUGAGAGGCAGCUGGCUCUCUGGAAUACGGAAAACAUGGAGGAGCCGAUGACCGUCAACGAGAUGGACACGAGCAAUGGGGUGCUGCUGCCCUUCUAUGAUCCAGACACCAGUGUUGUUUACCUCUGUGGAAAGGGUGACAGCAGCAUUCGUUACUUUGAGAUCACGGAUGAGGCUCCAUACGUUCACUUCCUGAACACCUUUGCGAGCAAGGAGCCGCAGAGGGGCAUGGGCUACAUGCCCAAGAGAGGCCUUGAUGUCAAUAAGUGUGAAAUUGCAAGGUUCUAUAAACUGCAUGAAAGAAAGUGUGAGCCUAUUGUGAUGACUGUACCAAGAAAGUCGGACCUGUUCCAGGACGACUUGUACCCGGACACAGCGGGACCAGACCCUGCCCUGGAGGCGGAGGAGUGGUUCGAGGGCAAGAACGGAGACCCCAUUCUCAUAUCCCUAAAGAACGGCUAUGUCCCUGGCAAGAACCGAGAGUUCAAGGUCGUCAAAAAGAACAUUUUGGACAGCAAGGUCAACAAGAACAUGGAGAAGUCAAGCCCUGCCAACAAGUCUGCUUCUUCAACUCCAUCAAUUAAAUCUGAGGCAAAGAUGGAGGAGAUCUUGAAAGAAAUCAAAUCCCUCAAGGACCUGAUCAGCAGUCAGGAGAAGCGAAUCAUCAAACUUGAAGAGCAGAUGUCCAAAGUUGCCAUUUAGGGGCCAUUUAUCCCCCCAUCCCACUACAAUUCAGGACGUUCCUUUAGCUGGGGACUUCAGGGUGAGCGGGAGCAGUAAUCCUCUGUCUUUCUGACGGCGUUUGGUCUGAAUCCUGCCAGCCAACGAUCCCCAGCAACAUUCCAGAUGAACUUUUUCUUAGCGAGAUCCCAACCCUCAGUUUAACACAGGUGGAAUAAGAAGGAUUUGGUAAAUUUAGCAGAAAGUACUUUUGCUUUUUGAUGAAAAGAACAUUCCUUUUAUUCUGUUUCAGUCUUUUAAUUCCCUUAGCUGAUUAAAAAAGAGGUCUUAAUUUGACUCAUUUUAGACUGACCAAAUCAACAACAGUUCCAGUUUCUGAUAUCUCUACAUUUUUAAGUAGGUGCCAGUGUUUCAUGUUGGCGUGUCCCAAAACGAAAAUGUUGCCAAAUUUAAAUUUUGUUUACACCUCCUGAACAGUAUUUUCUUUCUCUUUCUCUGUGAGACUGUUUUAGACUCAAGCAGUGAAGUUUGGUGAAGUAGACUGCUUAUAUAGAGAGGAGAAUUUAAUCAUUUUACUACUAUGAAAACUGGUAAAGUAACUGUAACAUGAUUGAAAUUUAGAUACCGGUUAAAGAAAAUGCAUUCCAGUUUUCCAGUCAACAUUAAACAUUUAGAAAAUAUCCCAAAUGACAAAUCCUUUGUCUUAGUUAAACCUGCACAAAUCUAUUCCUGCUUUUUUUUCCCCCAUUGCCCUCCAUGUAGACAUGCAUACCUUUCCUUCCCGCUACAUUCACAUGAACUCUGAAACUAUUGUAGAAAAUCACAUUCCACUGAUCUUAUUGGACAUUCAUGAAAGGACCAAGAAAAAUUCCCGCCUCCUCUCUCUGUAAACGGUCUGCUGUAGCAGCUCUGUGGCGCUGGUCACCUAGUUCAUGCUUUAUGUGCUGCAUGUGGAAAGAACAAUAAGAGCUUUUUUUCUUUCAUCUUUGCCGCAAAAACUGAUUUGUUUUUGUAGGACCUGCAACUUCCAGUCUCAGUGUUUGUUGUAAAUGGUCUUGCUAAACCCACAUGUAGUUAGUUUAUGUUUUCUGUAUAAUUAGAGAAGAAAAACAUCAACAACAAGCUGAUUUAUUUCAGACCAUCUUAUGAUAAAGGUGGAUAUUAUAGAAGAAGCUGUUCAUGAUGAAAAUCACUGUCCUGGGUGUCCCUGCUUUGUUUCCAGCUCAAAGCAAAAUGAAGGUCCAUUACCUGCCUAUAAUUUGGGAAAAACGAACAGUUUGGAUACCACUUACCUGUUGUUUUUUUUUUUUAUUACUACUAUUCUGUUUCUUGUUCCAGCUGUGCUUGUAUCCCUCUUAGCACUUCCACUUUUAAAUCCUGUGAGUUAAUUCUGUCCUUAAAUCAGUGCAGUUAUUCCAAAUACCAGAACCAUUGGAUCGUCCAACCAGAGUCGUUGCGGUCCAACAGAAGCUCUAUUUUUCUGAGGUUUUACAUUUGUUUCCCAGUGGGAAGCUGAGACGGGUUAAUGGUUCAGUCUGUUGUUUGCCUUUGUUAAUUAACACUGUACAGACCUGAAAGUGCCAUAGAGGAAACCCUGAAAGUGUGUGUUGGAGGUUGUGUAGUGAAUGGAUGAAUUGAAAGGUGCCUGGAUUUUAAAACCACUUUGAGGUGCUAUACUUUGUACUGACACCCUGUUCCUAAAGUGCUGAUGACACCACCGAGUCCUGCCAGUCAUUCUGACACAUACACCAGGCAGCAUCUUUGCUCUGCGUUUAAUCUGAGCAUUGAGCCACUGACAUUCUGGCGUUUUUCUUCUUGGUACGGGUAUAAAAAUCUUUUUAAAUUGAUUUCAAACCAAGAAUUUUGCAGCUGUAGCACAGCCUUGGAAGUCAGCUGCCAUCAGGAUGCACUUUGAGCAGCGAGUUGUACAUUAACGGUAAUAGGAAAUCUAAUGAGGCUGCCGCUCCGUAGAUUUUAUUUUAUAGCAUCAUUGGUGCAAAAACUUUAGUAUCUAACAUCAAUCCAAAGGGAUAAUGUAGGUGGAAGUGGCGCUGAAAGAUAGGUGUAUGUUUGUAAUUAAGGUUUAGAAAAAUGAGUGAAAGCUGUGUAAAUAUGAUCAGGAAUCAUUUUGUUUUUUGUGGUUGUGCUAAAGAGGGUGUUUGUAUGGGUGAUGGGUUUUAAACGUCUUCCUCCUCCCCUCCUGUUUUGUGUUCCUUGCACCUUGCCCCCAUACAAAAAUAAGAGAAAAGCAGAACCUCCAUCGCAUAUGAAAAAUGAGAAACUAGAUCAGACAAAAACCAACCAGGAUGAAAGCCUCGGUGAGGUCUGCUCAGCUUCUUUUCAUUAUCCUUGCUUCAAAUAUUGGACAUUGAUUAUAAGAAAAUUAAUAAAGAAUUUUUAAAAUGAA